CUUCCUAUCGGGGUGAUGGGCAAAGGGACCCAGGAAUCGAGAACCAGCCGUUCUCGAUCUUGGUUUUCCCCACUUCUUUGGGCCAGUUGGAGCAUCUCAGCUCCUAUAGUGCCCGCCCCCUUGUUUGCCGCCCUCAACUUCCUGCCCCACCAGAGGAAGUGGGGAGAGCCAUCAGGUGCAGCAACAGCUAUCGGGGCCAUGGACAAGGAGUAUGUGGGGUUUGCCGCCCUCCCCAACCAGCUGCAUCGCAAGUCUGUUAAGAAGGGGUUUGACUUCACACUCAUGGUGGCAGGGGAGUCAGGCCUGGGAAAAUCUACCCUCAUCAACAGCCUAUUUCUCACCAACCUCUAUGAGGAUCGGCAAAUACCAGAAGCCAGUGCUCGCUUGACGCAAACGCUGACCAUCGAGCGCCGGGGAGUGGAGAUCGAGGAGGGGGGUAUUAAGGUGAAGCUGACUGUGGUGGACACACCUGGCUUUGGGGACUCAGUGGACUGUUCAGACUGCUGGUUGCCUGUGGUGCGCUUCAUUGAGGAGCAGUUUGAGCAGUAUCUUCGGGAUGAGAGUGGCCUGAACCGGAAGAACAUCCAGGAUUCACGCGUCCAUUGCUGCCUCUACUUCAUCUCACCCUUUGGCCGGGGGCUCCGUCCCCUAGAUGUGGCCUUUCUCCGGGCGGUGCACGAGAAGGUCAACAUCAUCCCAGUCAUUGGCAAAGCAGAUGCCCUGAUGCCGAAGGAAACACAGGCCCUCAAACAGAAGAUCCGGGAACAGUUGAAGGAGGAAGAGAUCAACAUCUACCAGUUCCCCGAAUGUGACUCUGAUGAGGAUGAAGACUUCAAGAGGCAGGAUGCAGAGAUGAAGGAAAGCAUCCCUUUUGCGGUCGUCGGUUCCUGCGAAGUAGUUCGGGACGGCGGGCCCCGACCGGUGAGGGGACGUCACUACUCCUGGGGCACUGUAGAGGUGGAGAAUCCACAUCACUGCGACUUCCUGAACCUGCGACGGAUGCUCGUGCAGACACACCUGCAGGACCUGAAGGAGGUGACACACGACCUGCUCUACGAGGGCUACCGGGCCCGCUGCCUACAGAGCCUGGCCCGGCCUGGGGCGCGGGAUCGAGCCAGCCGUAGUAAGCUUUCCCGCCAGAGCGCUACAGAGAUCCCGCUGCCCAUGCUGCCUCUGGCCGAUACGGAGAAGUUGAUCCGCGAGAAAGACGAGGAGCUGCGCCGCAUGCAAGAGAUGUUGGAGAAGAUGCAGGCCCAGAUGCAGCUGAGCCAGGCUCAAGGCGAGCAGUCGGACGCUCUCUGAGGCCCCCAUCGGGGUUUUCUUUACCUCGCAGCCUGUAAGGCCCGCCCUUCUAAGGGGCGGGCUCUCAGGAUCUCCCAAUCCUGAAAUUUGUAGCCCCGCCUUUGGCUCCGCCCCAGCUCACUUGAGGAGCGCGACCUCCUCUGCCAACCCUGAACACCUCCAUCCCCUCCCCACUUCUCCCAAUCAUGACUUCAAUAAAAACUGAGUUUCUCUGA